AUGCUUCCGAGAAGUCUACCGCUUAUACCGGUCAUUGUGUCAUUCCUGCUUGCCAUCUCCCUGGGAGUAAUUGCAAUAGUACAGAAUCACCAUGGUUUAUACCACCUACUAUACUCUAUCAGUGCAUUUGUAUUGGCCAUGGAUUUCAUUCUUACGCAACUAUGGAUCAAUUAUAUCACCAUCACCAUUCAGCUCAUUAUUUCGAUAUUCAACAUAGUAUCUGGAAUACUAUUUGUUAUUCAUAAUCCUUCAAAAGUUACAAUCACAAUUUUAUUUAUAAUCAAUGUUAUUUUCAUCACAGUUUCAUUUGUGGUAUUGGCUUUUUUACUAAUACUGCCAAAUUUGGGCACGUCAAGGGAUCAACAUGCAACAGAAACAGUAAUAACCAAAAAGGGAUCAGACGCUACGCUUUUUGAAGCGUAUCCUCCAAUGGAAAGCAUUUGGUUCAAAGACGAGAAUACCCGCAAGGGACUUCCUUACACGUACUCAAAUAAUACCAUACCAAUGUCGCAAUCGCAUCAGAGCAACAUGACCCAUGGUUCCUACAAUGCCUCUAUUAUGAACUUGGAUGAGCAUGUGGAUGAAUUACGAAGACCACGACCAAUUUCAUCAAUCACCAUAAGCGACAAUAGUAAUAACAAUAAUCAUAGUGGCAGCAGCAAUAACGGCAAGCUCAACGAAUCCAUUAAUAGCAGCAAACAGAUGAAAAAGCAAAGGUGGAAACUGAUCAAUACUGAAAAACAGUAUCUUGCCAAUAUAAACGAAUCAUUACUACCACCUCUAUUGCAAAAUAACACUGUAAGGAUACCCGAAGCAGAGAUGGAGAGAGAAAAUAAGAGGGAAAAAGAGUCAAAAGAGUCAAAAGAGUCAAAAGAGUCAACAGAACCUCAAGAACCAAAAGAAGAUUUGGAUUGCAUGUCUGGACUAGAGCAGGUCUCUGGCUACCAGAACAGCAUAGGUUUGAUCUCAUUAGAUGAAUACAAAAGAGCCAGAUUGGUAAUGGACUACAAUAUCAGUCCAGGUUUGCAUCGCAUAGUGAGCGAUGGCAAUUUAAAGGUAAAGCAAAUAAAUAUUCCAAGCGACUAUUUGCUCCCUGUUAAAGAAACUCCACCCGACAAUAUCGAUCACCUAAGUGAACUUGAGCUUAAACAUGAACAUGAACUUGAACAUGAAGCGGGACUGGAAAGAGAUAGAGUCGAUAGCGCACCUUCCUUGUACACAUAUAGAAAUGAGUUUCAACAAAGUCCUCACAUGAUUGCUGAGCAGGAAUCAGCAGUCUCGGCGUUUUCAGCCAUUUCUCCAACCACACCACUGACCCCACCAGUGCAGCAAACUGUGCAACAGCCGAUGCAACAAGAACUAGAACUAAAUGCGGGACCAAUGACUCCUCCUGCCGAAUACACUACACCCAAUAUGACUCCAAGCAAGAGUGAGUCGCCGCUUAAGCGAUUGUUUGAAGGCAGCCCAAGGAGGAUAUUUCGUUCAAGUACAACCACUGGGUUUAAUACAACCAACACUAAUCUAGCGCACAAACAUUCUACAUCGGUCAUCUCAAACUUUUCGUUGAAAUCCAACCGAUCUUCAAUAUCCAAAUCGAAACUCAAAAUCAAGCCCAAAUCUAAACCAUCGUCACCAAAGAAAUUGAAAUCGAUACUCAAGCUCCACAAACAUAGUGUAAGUGUUCCCAAUAUAGCACAUGACCCAUUCCCAUAUCUCCAUUCAUCAUCGAUCUCUACAAUGAACUAUCCACAAUUCCAAUCACAAUUCCAAUCACAUUCACAUUCACAGUCACAGUCACGCUCACAAUCUCAGUCACAAUCCUCAUCUCCGCAACAUACAGCUUUCUACUCGAUGCGCUCACAAAUGGUUGAACCAAUCGAUAAGUGGGAUACAAAUACGGCGGGAAAUUAUCAUUUCAGCAAUGAUAGUGGCGAUUUGAUUACGGAAAUGGUUACUGAUCUCGAUCCACCUAAUGAAGCAGCAGAAUCAAGAGUGAGCUCGGUUCCUAGUCAAGUCAUUGGAGAAUAUGAUAAGGAAAAGUGGAAAAUCCUACAAGGACUUGAAGUAGUCUAG